GGUGGCUCUGUGGUUAGCACUGUCGUGUCACAGCAAGAUUUGAAUUGAAUAAAAUAAGUUGGCCGUAUAGUGUGUGUAAAUUAGUGUGUGGAUGUUUCCCAGUUUUGGGUUGCAGCUGGAAGGGCAUCCGCUGUGUAAAACACAGGUAGCGGUAGUGGUUUGUGUAAAAAAUAGGUAGCGUACAUUAUGUCCUUAAGAAGCAUUGUUUUCUAAUCUAGCGUUCAUUAAAAAAAAAAACUCGAAGCGAUAUCCUGUUCUCCAUUGGUUGUUGCUUUUAAAAGUAAAACUAACUUUUUGUGCUUCCGCUAUUUAGAUUUAUAUAUCAGUGUCGUGUGGUUUUGUCAGUCUGACUAAAUGCGCAGAUCUAUGAAUAUGAAACUUGUCAACAGGAUACAAAACCUCCAUCCAAACGUCGUUUCAACUUGCAAGAUGCUGUUUUUACUCAUUUUAGCACUGAGUGUUUCAUCUGGGGUGUGUGAUGUGCUUUAUAAAGAAGCCGGUAAAGAGGUUUCUUUGCAGUGUGGAGCAUCUCCAAAUAGUGAUAUAGAGUGGAGGUUAAACAACAAUCUCUUAAUCAGCAUUAGAGGCAAAUCUGGAUUAAGACGCAAGGGUUCUGGCCAUUCUGUGGACAAAGUAAAUUUAUAUGGAGACACUCUGAAGAUUCCCAGACUGGAGCCAAGAGACUCUGGAGUUUAUUCCUGCGCACAGUCAGGGAAACAAUACACGCUGCAUGUUGUGUCUGUGUUUGUUAAACCAGGCCCAGUGCUGAUUCAGUCUAGUGAUGUGGAGCUGCACUGCAACAUUGAAGGAGACCCAAACACUGAAGUAGAGUGGCUGAGACCCCCUAAUGAUCAAGUACAUGAUGCAAAACAUCAAAAGAUUAACCUGAAAUCUGUGACUUCAAGUGAUGAAGGCAAGUGGACUUGUAAGGUCGAAGACCUGAAGCUCAGUGUUACACUGACUGUUGUUGCAAACCACCAGAUCAAUAAUGUUGAAGUUUCUGAAGGGGACGACAUAGAGCUGCCAUGUUUUCUUCCUCGUCCUGUAUCUCAGAGUGUUUUGGGGGGGAAAUGGAAAGCAGACCACCUUCCCACAGUCCCAUUCCCAACCCUGAAGAACACAGCAGACGAAGGCUUACACUGGGAUGGCGUAAAUUCAUCAGAAGUCAAAUAUAAUAUUGAACGCCUCAGCACCAACUUCAAUGUCACUCUGAUAAAUGUGCAGAGCAGCUUUGCAGGGAAGUUUGUGUGUGAAGUGGAGUUUGAGCAUGGAGGAAAAUUAACUGCUGUGACCAAUUUGAUGGUUUUGGCCGAAACAACAGAUAAAACAGAUCUACACGCACUGUGCGUUUCACCUGGGGUGUGUGAGGUGUUGCUGUAUCAAGGAGUUGGGAAAGAGGUUUCUUUGCAGUGUGGAGCAUCUUCAAAUAGUGAUAUAGAGUGGAGGUUAAACAACAUUCUCUUAAUCAGCAUUAGAGGCAAAUCUGGAUUAAAACGCAAGGGUUCUGGCCAUACUGCGGACAAAGUAAAUUUAUAUGGAGACACUCUGAAGGUUCCCAGACUGGAGCCAAGAGACUCUGGAGUUUAUUCCUGCACACAGUCAGGGAAACAAUACACGCUGCAUGUUGUGUCAGUGUUUGUUAAACCAGGCCCAGUGCUGAUUCAGUCUAGUGAUGUGGAGCUGCACUGCAACAUUGAAGGAGACCCAAACACUGAAGUAGAGUGGCUGAGACCCCCUAAUGAUCAAAUACAUGAUGCAAAACAUCAAGUGAUUCAUUUGAAGUCUGUGACUUUGAAUGAUGGUGGCAAGUGGACAUGUGUGGUCAAUGACUUUAAGUUCAGUGUUACGCUGACGGUUGUUGCAAACCACCAGAUCAAUAAUGUUGAAGUUUCUGAAGGGUUCGACAUAGAGCUGCCAUGUUUUCUUCCUCGUCCUGUAUCUCAGAGUGUUUUGGGGGGGAAAUGGAAAGCAGACCACCUUCCCACAGUCCCAUUCCCAACCCUGAAGAACACAGCAGACGAAGGCUUACACUGGGAUGGCGUAAAUUCAUCAGUAGUCAAAUAUAAUAUUGAACGCAUCAGCACCAUCUUCAAUGUCACUCUGAAAAAAGUGCAGAGCAUCUUUGCUGGGAAGUUUGUGUGUGAAGUGGAGUUUGAGCAUGGAGGAAAAUUAACUGCUGUGACCAAUUUGACGGUUAAGAGUUGGACAGAUGGGAAUGAUGGUAAAACAAGUAGAAAUCCGAAGCCUGGACUUGAUGGACGAAUUUUCAGAAAGAGAAUGUUUGGAGUUGAACUUUGGAUCUGGAUUGCUGUAGGAGCCUCUUCUGUGGUUCUGGUGGUACUGAUCAUUGGAAUUGUCUGUAUGCAGCAAAAAAACAAACAAAAAAAGAGGAGAGUGAGAAAGCUGAGAUCCAUGCGGCAGCCUCUCACAGCUAAAGACUACUGCCAGUGCAACAGGUCUGACAGAGAGGUGGUCUUGUGUCAGCGAGAGAGACCUCUCCCAGCACCUAGACAACAGCGGAACCUACGAACGGCUGGGCUGAACCAUGCAUAUGAGCAUGCUUGAAAACACCAUGCCAUGCCAGGCUCUGCUUUUGAUCCUUAUGUUGCAUUGCAUUUCUGUUCAUGAUUUAUGCUGUGGGUCAAAUUGAAUUUGAUUCAAAAUAUUUUACCAAAAAUCACAUUUUUGGACAAAAAAUCUGGUAAAAUCACGCAGCCUCAUUCACCAAGCAUGCAUAAUCACUUUUUUUCAUGAUCAAAAUAUGAUUUAGCAAAAGUUUUCUGAAGUUUUUCUGAAAAACAAUGGAUAUAUAUGAGUAUGUACUGCUGGCUAAUGAGAGGUCAGAAAGAGGUGUAGUUGUUAAACAAUUUUUAAUCUACUGGUAUUGGAUUUGAGAUUGGCGCACUGUUUGAGGAUCUGGCAAGAUUGUGUCUGUAGAGAGCGGUGUAUGUUUGAGGAAGCGAGGAAAGGCUGUAAAUGACAUUCUGAGCGGAAAGCCCUUAUUUGAAGAUGGUUUGGGUGUGUUUUUUGCAAAUGACUAACCUUGUCAACAUGGCAAAUACUCCAUCACCAUUAGAACCAUAAAAACAAAUUUGCUUAUACAGGUGUGUUGUGCAUUAGGAAGAUUGUUUUUGGGAAAAGUUCUGAUGUUCUCCAGAAACAAAAUAAUCCAGAAUACUAGUAAUGAAUGAGACACAGUAAAUCUGGAAUAGCAAUAUUCCUCACACAUUACAACAUAAAAACAUAGGAUCAUAUGAAACUGUACUUACCAUAGUUUACUCUUUUUCCAAAAAUAU